AGAAAAAAUGAAACCAAAUCCAAAAUUUAGUUAAAUUCAUAAUUAUACGAGUCGAAUUGAUUACGUAAGUUGUGAAGGCUAUGUAACUACGUAAGAACCCACAUUUUGGUUUUAAAAAACUAAUGGAUACAAGUCGAUAAUCCAACAAUAAGGAGAAGGUACUAGGUUGUGGUCGUGUUAUGGAUAAUGGGGGAGUAUCUUAGAUCUCUAAUGAAAAGAAAGAAUGAGAAGCAGGACAAUGAGAUUGAGAAUUAGAACCAUAACAGCAAGACAUUCACUUCACAUUCACAAUGACAAAUACCACUACCCUCACCAUGUUCAUUCCAAUGCCUUUGCAUUUUCUCCAACCACCAACAACAAUCCACAACAUUGCAACCAUCACCACUACUACCUUCACCUUCUUCGUUCAUGCAAAUACUCGAAUCCUUUGCUUCAAAUCCAUGCCCGUUUACUUGUCUCAGGCCUCCAAGAAUGCACCUUGGCACCCAAUUCCAUCACAAACUCAUCUCUGAUUCUGUGGAACUCAUUGAUUAGAGCCUAUUCUAGACUCCAUCUAUUCCAGGAAGCAAUAAAAUUGUAUCAUAGAAUGGUUGACAUAGGGCUUGAACCUGACAAGUACACAUUCACCUUUGUUUUGAAGGCUUGUACUGGUGCUUUGGACUUCCAUGAGGGUGUUUCCAUUCACCAAGAUAUAGCUUCCAGGAAGUUAGAAUGGGAUGUCUAUAUCGGGACUGGGCUUGUUGACAUGUACUGCAAAAUGAGUCACUUAGACAGUGCAAGAAAGGUGUUUGAUAAAAUGCCCUUGAAGGAUGUUGCAUCUUGGAAUGCUAUGAUUUCGGGUUUAUCUCAGAGCUCAAACCCUUGUGAAGCACUGGAAAUAUUUUGGAGGAUGCAAAUGGAGGGUGUGGAGCCUGAUUCUGUGAGCAUCUUGAACUUGGCUCCAGCUGUUUCUAGAUUGGAGGAUGUUGGUUCUUGCAAGUCUAUUCAUUGUUAUGUGGUUAGGAGAUGUAUUUUUGGUGUAGUUUCUAAUUCGUUGAUUGACAUGUACUCUAAAUGCAAUGAGGUAAAGUUGGCUCGUCAGAUAUUUGACCAGAUGUGGGGUAAGGAUGAUGUCUCAUGGGCAACAAUGAUGGCUGGAUAUGUACAUCAUAGUUGUUUCUUUGAGGUUCUUCAAUUACUUGAUGAAAUGAAACAACAUCAUGUUAAGAUGAAUAAGGUAUCUGUUGUAAAUUCCCUUUUGGCGGCUGCAGAGAUGAGAGAUCUGGAGAAAGGGAAGGAAGUUCAUGAUUAUGCUUUACAGCUAGGGAUAAUGUCAGAUAUCGUUGUAGCUACUCCUAUUGUGAGCAUGUAUGCAAAAUGUGGUGAGUUGAAGAAAGCCAGAGAGUUGUUUCUGAGUCUUGAAGGAAGGGAUUUGAUUUCUUGGUCUUCUGUUUUAUUAGCUCUUGUCCAAGCUGGAUAUCCUGGAGAAGCUUUGUUUAUGUCCCAAGAGAUGCAACAUGACGGUUUUGAACCAGAUACAACGAUUCUGACAAGUCUUGUUUCCGCAUGUGCUCAAAUUUCAAACACCAGAUUGGGUAAGAUUGUGCACUGCUAUGCCAUUAAAGCAGACAUGGAGUCUUAUAUUUCAGUAGCAACAACGCUUGUCUCAAUGUACACUAGAUGUGAAUUAUUUAUGAAUGCUAUGACGCUAUUCAACAGAAUGCACUAUAAAGAUGUUGUGGCAUGGAAUACUUUGAUAAACGGCUUUACUAAAUGUGGUGACCCACGUUUUGCCUUGGAAAUGUUCCAUAGAUUACAAUUAAGUGGGAUUCAACCAGAUAGUGGAACCAUGGUGAGUUUGGUUUCAGCCUGUGCUCUUCUGGAUGACCUAGAUCUAGGAAGCUGCUUUCAUGGAAAUAUUAAGAAGAGUGGUUUUGAAACUGACACGCAUGUAAAAGUUGCUCUAAUAGACAUGUAUGCCAAAUGUGGGAGCCUAUGCUCAGCUGAAAGCUUGUUUCACUUGACCAAGCAUGUAAAGAAUGAGGUACCUUGGAAUGCGAUGAUUGCAGGGUACCUGUAUAACAGAUGUGCCGAUGAAGCUAUUUUCACUUUUAACCAGAUGAAAUUAGAAAGUGUAAGGCCCAAUUUAGUCACAUUUGUGACCAUCCUUCCAGCUGUAUCAUGUUUGUCAAUAUUAAGAGAGGCCAUGGCUUUUCAUGCCUGCAUAAUCCGAAUGGGAUUUAUAUCUAGUACCCUUGUCGGAAACAGUCUUAUAGAUAUGUAUGCCAAGUGUGGGCAACUCAGUUAUUCUGAGAAAUGCUUUCAUGAGAUAAAAAAUAAAGGCACAAUCUCAUGGAAUGCAAUGCUCUCAGGUUAUGCAAUGCAUGGCCAAGGUGAACUUGCCCUCGCUCUUUUUUCACUUAUGCAAGAGACUCAUGUCGAUGUUGAUUCAGUUUCCUACCUCAGCGUAUUAUCUGCCUGCAGACAUGCUGGUUUAAUUCAAGAAGGAAGGGACAUUUUCCAGUCAAUGAAUGAAAAGCACAAACUUGAACCCAACAUGGAACACUAUGCCUGCAUGGUUGAUCUUUUAGGCCGUGCCGGUUUAUUUGAUGAAGUUUUGAGUUUAAUUAAUAAAAUGGCAACGGAACCUGAUGCUCAAGUCUGGGGUGCCCUCCUGGGUGCAUGUAAAAUGCAUUCCAAUGUGAAAUUAGGAGAGGUUACCCUCCAUCACCUCCUCAAACUUGAACCAAGAAACGCGGCUCAUUAUGUAGUUUUGUCAGAUAUAUAUGCUCAAUGUGGUAGGUGGAUCGAUGCUAGGAGGACAAGAUCAAAUAUGAAUGAACAUGGGUUGAAGAAAAAUCCCGGAUAUAGUUGGGUUGGAGCUCAUAAACAAGGCCCAUCCCUUUCUGCCAAGUGACAAAUCCCAACCACUAUUGAUCAAUAAUCAACCUACUUGCACAUAGAAAAAAAACUUGUUAUAACAUGUUUGACAAAAAGAAAAAAAUAUGAGCAACUUACUUUUUUCCUGCAAGGAGUUUUACAUGGAAAAAUAUAGACUUAAUUAUAUUUUUUAUCAUUC